UUUUCGUAUAAAAAGUAACACAUACACACUUGUGUAUAACCUGUAUGUGUAGCAGGGUUUUCAAUCAUCACUUCACUUUCGAUUAACAAACCCCAGUUACUAGAAGAGAGAAGUUAAUUGUGUAGCAAUGGCACCUACAUUUUAUGUUGGUUCUGAAGCUGGCCUCAAGAAGCUGGAUGAGUACCUGUUGUCUCGUAGUUACAUCACCGGAUACCAAGCCUCGAAGGAUGAUCUCAUUGUUCAUGCAGCUUUCACAAAGCCUCCGUCAUCCAACUAUGUCAAUGUAUCUCGUUGGUACAAUCACAUCACGGCUCUUCUCAGGAUUUCUGGUGUAACUGCUGAAGGCAGUGGUGUUGUUGUCGAGGGAUCUGCUUCUUUCCCAGAGACUAAUGGACAUGCUUCCAAGACUAAUGGACAUGCUUCUGCUGCUGACUCAAAGGCUGCAGCAGAUGAGGAUGACGAUAGUGAUGUAGAUCUUUUCGGUGAGGAGACAGAGGAGGAAAAGAAGGCCGCCGAAGAGCGUGCAGCUGCAGUGAAAGAAUCUGGUAAAAAGAAAGAAUCUGGGAAGUCUUCGGUCCUGUUAGAUGUGAAGCCUUGGGAUGAUGAGACAGACAUGCAAAAGCUUGAGGAAGCCAUCAGAAGUGUUCAAAUGGAAGGCUUACAUUGGGGUGCAUCAAAGUUGGUACCAGUUGGAUAUGGUAUUAAGAAGCUCCAGAUCAUGAUGACCAUUGUGGACGACCUGGUGUCUGUCGACUCACUGAUUGAAGAGAAGUUUACUGUGGAGCCCAUUAAUGAAUAUGUUCAAAGCUGUGAUAUCGUAGCCUUCAACAAGAUCUAAUUUCUCAACUUUGCUCAUUUGCUGGGAUGGAGGCAGGAAAGCCAAUGGGCACGUAGUUAUAUUUUGUUGGUUAGUUUGGUUAUGUGAUCCCUAUUAGUGGUUCUAUGAGUGUCAAUUUACAUUUUUGAUCUUAUAUGCGUUUUGUGAUGGUCGCAUGUGUGACUGAGACUAGUAUUAAAGUUUAUUAUGGUGGAAUUCUCUGUCUAA